GUACUUCCUUCUUGCUCGCACCAAUCCUGAUCCCAAAUGUCCUACUAGCAAAGCUUUCACUGGUUUCAUUGUGGAUGCAGAUACUCCAGGGAUCCAGAUCGGGAGGAAGGAGAUGAAUAUGGGACAGAGGUGCUCUGACACCAGAGGCAUUACGUUUGAAGAUGUCAGGAUACCCAAAGAGAACGUCUUGAUCGCAGAGGGAGCAGGAUUCAAAAUUGCUAUGGGUGCCUUCGACAACACCAGGCCACCAGUAAGUGCUGAAGCUCAGACCUCGAUAAACCAGAUGGAA